UAGGAUGGUUCGUUCUUAUGAUAUAAAGUAUGUUAUAUAUGUGUGAGGUGUAUAGAAUCAGGAGUGUAUAGAAAAUGACCAGUGAAUGUUUUCCCUGUGAAGCUGUUGUGUUGUAAUGAAAAUGGUGUUAAAAGAAAAAUAUAUUCACGUGGUAUUAAAUUGAACUAUUUGAUGAUAUUUCAUUAAUUUCUUGCCUUCACAGUAACACAGGGUUGAUGCCAAAAAAAAUGAAAUUUAUCAGGAAAUGCGAUUAAUUGUCUGAUUAUAUUACAGGAGUAAUAAGAGAAGAAAUUUGGCCAAGAAGAUAAAAUAAAUAAAAAAGUGAUCACUAUUUAAUUGAUAAACAUUACUUUAGGCAUUUAAAAUCAAGCUAAUGGUUUACUGGAUUAUAAACAAUGCGCAUUGGAGAUAAUUAUUUUUCAAAUUUUUGAGAGAGCUGUGUACACUUUUAUUUUUAUAUCUUUGGAACCAACACACCAGUUCCAGGAAGGCGACACUGUCCUGGUUAAGACUCUGUCGAAAGGAAAGAAGCCCGGAGACUUCACCUUUGGACCCCCAACCACAGUUGUUGCCGUGACGAGGACGGCGGUUCUCACGGAAGACAGCCCUUCUUGGAUCCACGCCUCUCGGAUCAAACUCGUCCAACAUCACCCAAAGGAGGUAAUAACGGGGGCAGACAGCCCUGACCUUGAAAGCCUACCGAAAGAUGUACCCGCUGAUGCCCUGGCCUUGUUCUGGCAGAUGGUUGAAGAAACUAAGUCUCAUGAUGUUUGCAUUAAUGACUUUAUUGACUUUGAUUCACCUCACGGUGACUCUGCAGAAUGACUUAGAGAGACACCCAAACAAUAAGUUCCUGAAACACCAUAUAAUGUUAGCACAAAACCUCACUGCGAAGGAUUGUUGGAUAUGCACCCAUGCCCGUGUCUGCCCAAAGCAUGCCCUAGUUUGCUAUCCCUGUGCCCUCAUAUGAAUUAUUUCAGGGAGACUGUUUUGACAUGCUUGCUGACAAUGAGGCACGAUAUGCAAAGAACUGGAACACCUCAGUGGGUAUUCCUAUAGUAGGAUGGGUGGGGCAGCCAUGGUGGCAGGGAAACUUAAGCAGCCCAGGCCCAGGACCACACCAAAUGUUGGUUUUCAAAGGGGGUUCCUGGGUAACUCGAGUAGUCACACAUAUACUAGACCUAGGAGCGAUCCCCACGGAAGGGAUAAAAGUUAGUUUCCACAGGACAUCCGCAAGUACUGAUCUUCUUAAGCCCAGCCAGACAAGGUACUUACAUUACCCAAAAUGGCCAAAUAACACCCUCUUUACUCAGGCUACUCAAGACGUAGACUGCUAUAAUAUAACAGGACACCAACCAUGCAAUGACACGUCAGAAUACCAACUUACUGAUCCAAUAUGUAAUAACCCAGAUGUGGGCUACUGCGGUAGAUUAGGGCAGAUACCUUCCUGGUGUUACUUAACAAAUGCCUCUAGACUCAUUGACAUAGUUAACAAACUUAUCAAUCAACAUUCCUCUUUCUGGGAGCUCCCACGAGACAUCUAUUGGGUAUGUGGUAGGGAAGCCUACAAGUGGUUGCCGGUAGGGGUCAAAGGCACAUGCACCCUAGCUAGACUUACCCCCUCCACCUUUGUCAUAUCCAACGACGACAUUGACAUGAGAGCAGCUCCUAAACAUAUGUUAUACCGAAGAGCAGCAGAUAACAAAGAAAGGGAAAAUGGUAGGCCACAUGUUGUACAAAUGGGAAUAACCAACAAGCUUUUUAGCACCAUUUUUAUAUAUCCAAUGGUGAUGCAAAUAUGGGAUAAGUUAGUCGAAGCCACUAACUACCUCGACGACCAAAUAUAUGACAUUUUAGAAAUUAAUAAUACCUCUGUGUCCGUGCAAAAACAACUGAUGAUAGUGACUAACCAACACGCAAUAGUCUUGGACUAUCUCACAGCAGCCCAAGGAGGGAUGUGUCAAAUCAUAGGUCCUACUUGUUGCCAUUACAUAGACACUUCAGGAACAAUUCAGAUGCACCACCAGCUUGAGAACAUACAAAAAUUGAGGGACAAAUAUGCCAAAGACAAUGAAAUCAACAGGGAUAAGUGGUGGGGGGAUACCUUUUCAAUAUUGAAUCCCGCUACCUGGCUCAAGGGCGUAGGAGGAUGGAUAGGGGGCGUUCUGCAGCUCAUAAUACACAUUACUGUCAUUGCCCUUAUAGUAUAUGUAUCAAUAAAACUUAUUUUCUUAUGUAUGAAACGCUGCAAGCCAAGACCUGCUGCAGAUACUAAAAUCCUCCUCUCCACCUCAUCAGACACCCAAGUCCCUCUACUUCACCGUCACUCAGCAGAAGGCUAUACUGCCUACAUAAAGACUUUUCAAAAGAAAAUAGAAUACAAGAAAAACCAAGUUGUCUAAAGUGACAACUGGUUUUAAGAGGGGAUUGAAGGGUACAAGAGUCUUGAUAGAAUAAUACAGAUCUGUAAUCUUGUAUGAUGUGUAUCAUAAUUCUGUAAUCUUGUAUGAUGUAUAUCUUAAUUCUGUAAUCUUGUAUGAUAUAUCUUAAUUCUGCCGUUUGUAACCGCAAGGCUCGUACCAUACUUCUCGUUUUCUCAACUGCUGAUUCCUAACUGUUGUGCACGUACAUCCUGUUCUUGUGUUCUGCUGACUUGUAACUAUUAAGCAACAUGGUAUAUGAACGUUGGCAAAUAGUAAAACAGAGCGUACUUAGACGGCAUCUUGUGUGCAUGUAUUUUUUCCACACCUGAUAAGACGCUCUCCUGGCCAGUACAAGCCUUAAGCCAAAUUGGACCUAGUACCAGGGGUACAGAAAAGACAG